CACUUUUUGUGAGCUGGUGGUGGUGAAGAAACCGAAUGAAUGGAGCAGAUAGGAAGUUCGCAUUUCAUGCUCUCUGCUUACCACAAGACACAAGCAACACUGUGUCUCUGAAGUGACCUGGAAUCAUUGGAGUUGUGUGUCCGGAGGGGCUCUGAGAACCUCUGAAGGGCGCAAUGAUGGAUAACCGUUUUGCUACAGCGCUAGUAAUUGCUUGUGUUCUCAGCCUCAUUUCCACCAUCUAUAUGGCAGCUUCCAUUGGCACCGACUUUUGGUACGAAUACCACACCCUGUCCCCAGCUGAGAAUGUUAGUGAAGCUGGUAGGAGCAUCUGGGAGGAAUUUGUCAGCGAAGAGGCAGAUGAGAAGACCUACACAGAUGCGCUCUUCAGGUGCAACGGCACGGUUGGAUUGUGGCGGAGGUGUAUCACUGUACCCAAAAACUCUCACUGGUACAGUCCACCAGAACCCGAUAUGACUACAAACUGCAUCAGUUUUUCCCUCUCUGAUCAGUUUAUGGAAAAGUACAUAGAGCCUGGAAAUCACAAUAGUGGCACGGAUUUGAAUCGGACUUAUCUCUGGCGAUUGCAGUUUCUUCUGCCCUUUGUCAGCCUGGGCCUCAUGUGCUUUGGGGCUCUGAUCGGGCUCUGUGCUUGUGCCUGUCGCAGCCUUUACCCAGCCAUUGCCACUGGAGUCCUCCAUUUCCUAGCAGGGCUUUGUACGCUCGGCCUGGUUGGCUGCUACGUAGCUGGGAUUGAGCUGCUCCAUAAGAAGCUGCCCCUGCCUGACGACGUGAGGGGCGAUUUCGGCUGGUCCUUCUGCCUAGCCUGUGUCUCGGCGCCUUUGCAGUUUAUGGCAGCUGCUCUUUUCAUCUGGGCGGCUCGCACCAACAGAAAGGAAUUCACUCUCUUGAAAGCGUACCGUGUAGCCUAAGUGCUGCUACUGAAGUACUGGGUUUCCGUGUUACAGCCUCUCCUCCUCCCAACCCUUACUACCUUUUUCUUUUAGUCAGAAUUUUACCUUAUACUGCAUGCUUCAUGCCAGUUGAGACAAUUUAGCCUGCAGGCCCUGAAGACAAAAGACCUGUGGGCUAAAUGACCAAACUCUGCCAGAAGUCUGCA